CCUUUCAGAAACGGGUUCCUCAUUCUGUCCUACUCUGCCGUAUCACAAAUGCUUCUCCGGGCGGCGGCGGCCGCCGCUCACCGCCAACUCCUCAUCUGCUCCAUUCGCCGCAUAUCUUCCCUGAAAGUUCCAUGGCGACGCGACGCCGCCCUCGACGCCUCCAUCGACAACGACCGCCGCUUUCGCCUGGCCUCCCGUCUCGUCCGGGAGGUGCUCCUCUCCCCAGGCCACCGCCUUCUCCUUCGUUACCUUUCCAAGCGCCGCCACCGCAUCCGCCUCCCGGUCCAAGUCCCAACCUUUCUCCGCCGAUACCCCACCCUCCUCUCUGUUUCCCCUCCUCCUAACCCCGUCGCCUCCCCUUCCCCCCAGCUACUCUCCUUCCUCCAAUUCGCGUCCAGUCAACAGGCCACCCACUCCCCGCUCCUCGCUUCCAAGCUUGCCAAGCUCCUCAUGAUCUCCUCCACGCGCGCCCUUCCCGUCGCAAAGAUUGCCGCAGCCAAGCGUGACUUCGGUCUCCCCGAUGACUUCUUGGUCUCGUUGGUCCCGAGGUAUCCCAAUCUCUUCCGUCUCGUUGGUGACCCUGGGCCCGACGCGUCUGGCAAUGCGUUUCUUGAGCUUGCUUCCUGGGACGACCAGCUUGCGAAAUCAGUGAUUGAAUCGAGGGCUGACAGGGAGGCCGAUGUUGUUGGCAUACGGCCAAGGCCAAAUUUUACAGUCAAAUUGCCCAAGGGGUUCUACCUCAAGAAGGAGAUGAGGGAGUGGGUGAGGGAUUGGCUCGAGUUGCCAUAUGUAUCACCAUAUGCUGACACUUUUGGGCUUCACCCGGCAUCACCAGAGGCAGAGAAGAGGCUGGUUGGUGUUUUACAUGAGGUGUUGUCCUUGACGGUAGAGCGGAGGAUGGCAGUGCCAAUUAUAGGGAAGUUUUGUGAAGAGUUUAGGCUAUCGAAUGCUUUUUCUAAUGCGUUUACGAGACACCCGGGGAUAUUCUAUGUAUCAUUGAAGGGUGGCAUCAAGACAGUGAUAUUGAGGGAGGCGUAUGAUGAAAAUGGGAAGCUCGUGGAUAGGGAUCCUAUGAUUGAGUUGAAGGAGAGGUUCGUGGCAAUCAUGGAUCAGGGGCAUAGGGAGUAUUUGGGGGAGUUGAGAAGGAAGAAUGAGAUGCUGCAGAAAGAGAGAGAGGAUGCAAUUCGCAGGGGUGCUAAAAUAGCCAGAGAUAUCGAGGAAAAGAAGACACAGGGAUCAAUGGGCGAUGACGAUAAAGAAUAUGAUUAUCCACAAGUAUCGUCAGAAGGACGAGCGUCAUUCUAAUGAAUAAGUUACCAGAUUAAUCUCCAAUGCUUCAACUACUUCGUUUUGAAGCGAGGCUGAAAUCUUUACUCAUCUGGCCGAUUGGAAAAGAUACCGAUGGCUUAUGUUUUGGAAGCAUUGCAAACAUUCAUGUUGAAGGAUAUUCUUUCGAAGUUGACAAGUGACAACUGAAAACUUUCCCACUGUCGGAGCAAGUUUGCAUGCCAUGCUCUAGACAAUUCCACAGGGACUGUAUUUUGAAAGAGGCUGAUCUUCAGUUGCUUGAGACACUAGGAUUUAACGGCUCAUUUUGUUGCUUCUAGGACUCUAUAAGCUCCUGAAUAGCACAGACUAUUACAGCCGGUCUCUAAUAUGAAUCAGCUUUCCUUAAUCCAUGAUGCUAAAGAAAUAUAUCGAGUGAAGCAUCAUGACAAGUAUGAAGAUGUGCAGCUAGAAAUAACUGAAGCUGAAGACCAGUCACCUAGGAAAGACUUGAACAAGCUUGCCAAUCAUGAAGUCAUAAGUUGUUGGUAAGAGUAAAAUGCAUCAGAUGUCCCAAUUCUUUCGUAAAAGUCGCAAGUUAGUCAUGAUUCUUUGAAAUUGCACAUUUGAGUCCCAAUUGUUUCAUAAGUGGCUCAACACAGGUCCUAGUGUGGCUCGGGCGUGUGUCUACUGCCGACGUGGCUAUUUGGGCCCACAUAUCAGGUGACAAGGUGGAUGCUUUUUUUUGCUAAAAAAACCCCUGCCAUUUGCUUUCUUCACCCGGUCACGCCUCUCCGUCUUCCCGCAUCGCCGCAUGCCUUGUCAGCUCCGCCUCCGCUCCCUACUCUCCUCCACCGCCUCUGACCUCCUCACCCUGCUCUCCAAUCUCUGCCCGUCUCUUCUCCUCAUCCGCCGCCAUUGCGACAGGCAGGGGAACGACUUGGGUUGGUGGAGCAGUGCGACGAGGAUGCUACAGCGGCGGUCGGGGGAGAAGACGCGAGGAUGCAGGGGUUAUUUGCAAAAAAAAAGGUCCACGUUGGCACAUGACAAGUGGGCCCAAAUGGCCACGUAGGCAGCCGGCACUCUCCAGAGCCACCUUAGGACCUGAGAUGAACCACUUAUCAAACAAUUAGGACUGAAACCUGCAGUUUCAAAGAUUUAGGACUAAUUUGGGACUUAUGAAAGAAUUAGGACCUAUGGUGCAUUUUACUCUUGUUGGUGAGGAUGAGGUCUAGGAAAAUCAAGUUCAUUAGAUAUAUAUAUUGUUAUUGUUAAUCUAACUAUGUACGCGUGUGCAUCUACGUAUGACUGUUCAGAUCAAACUGUGCAAGUGUAUUUUGGCAAAGCAGAUUGUGAUAUUCAAGUUUGUAAAAGACAUUACCUACCUUAAUACAAAGACGCACAAGCCUUUUGCGUGUUCGAGAAGAA